GUACUAGCUACCGAAACUGACAGGGCGAUGCUGAGCUGCAUUCCCAUCGUUAUACGAGGCGAGGAGGACGUAUCCCCAGGACGUUAACAGCGCCAGAACCCCACAAAAUCCAGGAACAUUGUAAAAUAACCGCAGGAGAACUCAAUCACUACCAUCAUGUCGGCUGGAGGUGACUUGGGGAACCCUCUGAGGAAAUUUAAGCUGGUGUUUCUAGGAGAGCAGAGCGUGGGGAAGACCUCUCUGAUCACCAGGUUCAUGUAUGACAGCUUUGACAACACGUAUCAGGCCACAAUUGGUAUUGACUUCUUAUCGAAGACGAUGUACCUGGAGGACCGAACAGUAAGGCUGCAGCUGUGGGAUACUGCAGGACAGGAACGAUUCAGGAGCCUCAUCCCGAGCUACAUCCGAGACUCAACAGUGGCUGUGGUCGUGUACGACAUCACCAACGUGAACUCCUUCCGGCAGACCUUUAAAUGGAUCGACGACGUGAGGACUGAGAGGGGCUCUGACGUCAUCAUCAUGCUGGUGGGCAACAAGACAGAUCUGGAGGAGAAGAGGCAGAUCACCAUCGAGGAGGGGGAGCAGAGAGCGAAAGAACUCAAAGUCAUGUUCAUUGAGACCAGCGCAAAGACAGGCUGCAAUGUAAAACAGCUGUUUCGCCGCGUUGCUGCCGCCCUACCUGGAAUGGAAAGCUUGGACGAUGCCAACCCCGAAGGCAUGAUUGACAUCAAGCUGGACAAACCAGCAGAGCCGACCGUCCCCGAGGGCGGGUGCUCAUGUUAGUGCAGAGCUGCUGAUUGCACAGCUCCCCCUCACACCAUAGGCUUGUUGUGUUGCUUACUACUGGUUAGCUGCCAGUCAAAUUCUCUAAUUGGAUAUGGGAUCCGGGCCUUGUGUCUGAUUGGAAAAAAAUCUCACUUUAUCUUUCAGUCUUGUUCAGUUGUAAAAUAUUGUAUACUUUGUCAAUAUGUAAGUGCUGGAAAGAAAAACAGGGGAAAGAUUCAUUGAACUAAAACAAAAACAACAACAAACUAAGAGUUUUGGCUGAUGAAAAGGGGAUACAAAUAGGAGUUCUUUUCGCCAUUAUGUUUUGUAUUUUUUUAUAUAUAAAAAAGGUAAAGCACCAAAAAUGAUGCCUCACCAUAAAAGGAGAAAUAUUCGGGUUAAGCCAUUUUUCCAAGAUGGCCGACGACCACAUCUGAAUGUCUGCAGCACGCAUGCACACCGAUCUGAUCUACGACCUCUCCACCUCCAGAGUAUCUCUCCCUCUCUCUACCCUGAUCUGAUCUGUGACCUUCCCGCUUCCAGAGUCCGUCUCUCUCUACCCUGGGAAGGAAAGGGUUGGCAGAAUGUAUCAGAGAAUGUUCCAGAGCCUUUGGAGGCCUACCCCCCCCCCCCCCCCCCCCCCUCCCUCCCCCCACGAGAUUCAAAUUACAGUUGGUUCCACCGAACAGUAGCAGUGAAGAUAUAGUGACACUAUAUAUAUAUAUAUGGGUUUAACUUUUAUACGACAAACUAGUCUGUGGUCAAAGAAGAGUAACAAUAAUAAUAAGAAAAAGAAAAAGAAAAAAAAAGGAUGACUUAAUAUCACACACUUAUUUCAGUUUCCCCACCACCCCCACACCUACUCCCAGUCAAUCCACACCUACUCCCUACCCCCCCACCACCACCCUGUUCCCGUAACACAUUACUGAAGAUCCACUGUAAUGCACUGCACUGUAUAUAAUAAUGUAAUAUGUAUGUUGUGAACGUCCCUCUGUAGAAGUGGUCCUUGUUCACCAGUAUGAAUAAUGUAAUAAUGUUUAAUGAUUAAUAAAUGACAGAUUAAAGGGCUUCACUCUCCUAACCAUCAACACUAA